AUGCUCUUCUGCCUCCUUCAUCCAAUGGACCACAACACCGGAACUUUGGCAAGGAAGUCGUCAAUGCUUUGUGUUCUGCUGCUGAUAUCCAUCGCCGCGUUCCUGGUGAUUGCAGUUCCUGGACAGGCCAACGCUGAGGAAGUCGGAGUUGCCAAUCACACCUUGGAUGAAAACGACGAAGUCAGGGUCAAGUAUGGAAGUAUGCAGGCCACCACAAGUAUAAUAUAUGACGUCUACAAGAAGCGUUUUCCGAAUGUCUGCGAUUUUUUAAUUACUCCCAAAGACAUCACACUUCAUUACAAAGGCACAGGGUGCACUGUGGAGCUGAUUACUGACGAUAUUGAGGAAAUCAAGUUAACGACAGGAGUAAAAAUCACGGAUACUUGUCUGGACGACUGUGGGGAUCGGGAUGCUAAUUUUAAGCUUGGUUUCUCAAAUCUCCUGCCCUUCGCUUACAGCAGAACCAAUAAGGAUCUCAAAAAGCUCAAUAAGGAACCGAACUAUGAUGUGGAAGCAGGGUGUCCUUCUAUAAAUAAGUGCGGUGGAAAGUGCAUGAAGGAGACAUUUCUAGAAGUCUCAUGGAACAAAUGUGAUGGAGAUGUAUACGCUUAUACCCACCUAACUGGCGAAUAUGGCUCUGGUCUAAAACAAUAUCGAACAGACAAUAAGAAGGAAUUCAAUCUGGAAAUAAAUGGUGAUAGCAGCUUUAAAAUGGAUUUUGAUGGAAAUUCAGAUGUUUUUAAAACAAAAGGCAGUAAGCAGCUACAUUGCGUCCCAAUUAAAAGUAAUGAUGCCAUUGUCAAACCAAAAGCAUGGAAAAUCAAAAAUGGAGUCAGAGACCUCAAGGAUAAAUAUCUGCUCGUCUUCCAUCUACUUCCGCCAAAUGCUACACGAUUAAUCAAAUCAGGCGGCAGCUUGUUAGAACUACCACCUAGACCAAAGUGUGAUCUCUUCAUUCGCUUUGAAAGGCCAGACUACGAAUUUCUAUUUGUCCCGCCUCAACUACCAACGACUACAGUUACAACAACAACAACAACAACAACCAAAACAACACCAGCUAUCACCAACUCCAACGUCAAACCGUCACCAUCUCCAACAGCAGGAACAAAAGAAGGAAAUGUUACACCAACAGCAAAAGUAAAGGAAGUAAAGGACACCGAAGGCAAGAAAAGUUAUGGAUGGAUUGUGGUAAUCAUGCUUGCUGUGGUUGCGGUGGUUGCAUUUGGCAUAUUAGCUGCUGUAAUCUACAACAAUAAAAAAGAGAAUCAAAGGAAUCAGGAGUUACAAGAACAACAACAACAAACUGAAGACGAAGGAGAGGAGAAGAAAGAAAAGGAAUUUUGGCAAUCACUAGGAAACGAUGAAGCCAUAAAUGACUUGAACAACCGACGACGCCUUGCAGGACUUCCAACGCUAGAAGACGAAUUUGUAGCGGAUAUCUUCAGCCGGAUGAAUCAACAUAAAAAAUCAAACUACCAGCAGCUUCUCUUCAGUGUUUAUCUUCCGGAAUUGAAUGACAAAUCCUUUUUUGGCGUUGGGACUUUCGAAAAUUGGCGGAAGAGGGUAAUAAGAUUUGUAGAAAAAAAAAUUGAAUUUUAUCCGAUAAUUUUCAGAAUGGUUUUGUCCUUGAACAGUUGGGUGAGGCGGAGUUCAAAGCGAAGGUUAACAAGGCUGUCGAGAAGGCGAAGGCUAACAAGGCUGCCGAUAAAUACUUUAAAGAAGAACAGGAGAAAAGUUACUUCAAGACGGCCAAACAAGAAGAAGCGGAGAAGGCAAAGGGCAAAGGCAACGCUAAGAAGGACUCGACUCCAAAGAAGACGACAGGCGCUGUAA